AUGGGUGGUCAAGUGUCCAAGAUUAUGGGGAAGAUUUUCGGUACGAAGGAGAUGCGGAUUUUGAUGCUGGGUUUGGAUGCUGCUGGAAAGACCACAAUCCUCUACAAAUUGAAGCUCACCAAUCAGGACGUCACCACUAUCCCUACCGUCGGUUUUAACGUUGAAAGCGUCACCUACAAGAAUGUCAAGUUCAAUGUUUGGGAUGUUGGUGGACAGGACAAGAUCAGACCCCUCUGGAGACACUACUAUUCUGGUACACAAGGAUUGAUUUUCGUCGUGGACUCCAGCGACACUGCUCGUUUGGAGGAAGCUCGCUCCGAACUUCACAAGAUUAUCAACGAUCGCGAAAUGAAGGAUGCUCUUCUGCUGGUCUUUGCCAACAAGCAGGAUGUUCAAGGCCACAUGAGCCCCGAGGAAGUUACUCAAGCGCUACAGCUCACCAAGUUGAAGGAUAAGCUGUGGUACGUUGCUCCAAGUGUCGCAACGGAGGGAACUGGUAUCUUUGAGGGCCUGGCAUGGCUCUCCAACAACGUCAAGACGCAACCUCAGAAAUAA